CACAAUCCCAAUAUUGCCCUUGUUCAAUCUCGUUGGAGGUUUGUGAAUUCGGACGAGUGUUUAUUGACAAGAAUGCAAGAAAUGUCGUUGGAUUACCACUUUACAGUCGAGCAAGAAGUGGGAUCAUCUACUCAUGCAUUCUUUGGCUUCAAUGGAACGGGUGGUAUAUGGAGAAUAGCAGCAAUCAAUGAGGCAGGAGGGUGGAAAGACAGAACAACAGUUGAGGACAUGGAUCUGGCAGUUAGAGCUGGUCUCAAAGGAUGGAAAUUUCUCUAUCUUGGGGACCUUCAGGUGAAAAGCGAGCUUCCUAGUACAUUUAAAGCCUUCCGUUUUCAGCAGCAUCGAUGGUCUUGUGGUCCUGCCAAUUUAUUCAGAAAAAUGGUUAUGGAAAUUGCCAAGAAUAAGAAAGUGUCUCUAUGGAAGAAGUUUUAUGUAAUAUACAGCUUCUUCUUUGUAAGGAAGAUCAUUGCUCACAUGUUCACUUUCUUCUUCUACUGUGUUGUACUCCCAUUGACAAUUUUGGUACCUGAAGUUGAUGUUCCGAAAUGGGGAGCCAUUUAUAUUCCUUGCAUCAUCACAGCUCUAAACUCAGUCGGAACUCCAAGGUCUUUUCAUUUAUUGUUUUAUUGGGUCUUAUUUGAGAACGUGAUGUCUUUUCACCGUACCAAGGCUACCAUCAUUGGUCUGCUCGAGGCUAAGAGAGCUAACGAAUGGGUUGUUACUGAGAAACUUGGAGAUACUCUCAAGAACAAAUCCAACGCCAAACCAGCACCAAAGAAAUUCAGAUUUAAACUUGGAGACAGAAUACUAAUACACGAGUUGGGCUUCGCUGUAUUCCUAUUCAUCUGUGGAUGCUACGACUUCCUAUAUGGAAAGAACUGCUAUUUCAUAUACCUAUUUCUUCAAGUUAUCACCUUCACAAUCGCGGGAUUUGGCUACUUGGGAACAAUAGUCCCGAGUUAAUUAAAUUCAUGUGUCGGCAGAGUUGUGUAUUUCUAGUCUACACAAUGUAUACAAGAUUGCUCUAGUUUGGUUACAUUUCUACAAUAUAUCAGUCAGAAGGAGAACAAAUCAUUUGUCUAGUACAGCAGAAAUUGAUAAAGGCUUCUCAGAAAAUCUCUUGAAGAAUUCCCUGGAAAACAGCAGAAAGUGUGCAAAAAAGGGCUUGCUGUUUGCGUAUUAUACAGUCAAGAAAAGAUUGAAGCUGAAGAAAUUCUAAUAAAAAAAACAGAGAAUAUGCAAAUAAAUGUCUUGUUAUCCAGUUUAUAGUGCUUGUAGUUGUAUAACAUUGUAUUUCAGAAUUUGUAUGAAUUUUUUCCCCAUAUUUCAUGUUGGUAAAAUAUUGAUUUUA